UCUUCUGGCCAAUCCAAGCAUCCGUCAAAAAAGCAGCGCGGUUGCGCGGUUCUAUAAACUUGACGCGGAGCGUGGUGCACAGCUGUUUCUUUCUUAAAAUCAGCCGUGUUAAUCGCCAGCCAAGAGAAGAAAAAUCGCUAUCAUGGAUAACAUGGACGUGAAGGCUACCGGAGACAACGCUGCCGAACCGACGGAGGUGCGUGCCACAGAGCAGAGCAAGGGCGGCCUCAAGUACGAGCUGGUGCUGGCUGAGCCGAGCAUGACAGAGUCCCCCAUCAGGCGUCCCACCACGCCCCCAAAGAGCAUCUCUGCCGAGGACAUACAGAAGAAGCUCAAGGAGGCCGAGGAGAGGCGACAGAGCCUGGAGGCACAGAAGCUGAACAUGCUGAACGAGAAGAUGAGCCGCCUGGCCGAGGUGAACCAGAAGAAGGAGGGCUCGGUCCAGGAGUUCCAGGAGGCCGCCCGGCAGAACUACGAGAAGAAGAUUGAGGCCUUCAAGGAGAACCGCGAGGCACACAUCAAGUCCAUCCAGGACAAGCAGCGCGAGCACGUGACCCGCGUGGAGGAAGUGCGCAAGUCCCUGGACACCAACACCCAGGAGAUGCUGGCCAGCAUCCAGAAGAAGAUUGAGAACGCCAGCGAGGCUCGAGAGGCCCAGAUCGGGGCCCUGCAGGAACGCCUGCGCAACCAUGACAAGCACAUCUCCGACGUGCGCAAGCAACUGGGCGACCUGGCCGAGGAGAAGCGCGAAAAGCUGCAGAAGAAGUUGGAGACUGCCCAGGAGAACCGGGCAGUCAUCUACAAGGAGCUCCAGGUCAAGCUGCAGGAAAAGGAGAAGCAUGCCGAGGAAGUGCGUCAGAACAAGGUUCAGACCACCGAAGAGAAGGCCUCGUCCGGCUGAACGGCAUUUAAUUUCCUUCCUUUCCUCGGACGUUCUUGUGUUCUGCCCAGCGUUCCAAUUUGCAGGGUGUUUUCGUGUCCCUCUUAACUUGUGUCAUCUUUUUUUUUUUUUUUGUUGUGUGUUUGUUUUGUAAUGAGAAAACAUUUCUACCAAAGUUUGUUCCCUGUUGGCUGCACGUCAGUUACACAUGUUUACGCUGAUUCUGCUGUCUUUUCUCAAAGGUGGUGGAGCCCAAAGCGUUAAGUCUUCUCAGUAUUCCUUUUGUUUUUCGAGUUCUUUAAAGCAAGCAGGUUCGCUGCUCUGUCAUGCGCAAUCUGUGGGAGAGGGAAAAAACACUUGAUUCGCAUACAUCCUUUCUCUUUCCUCAAAAAUAGUAAUGACGUCGACUAUUAAGACGAGCGCUUUUUUAAUAUAUAUAUAUAAAAAGACACAAAUACCUUCCCUCCCACCCUUUAUCAAAGCCAGAGAAAAAAAAAGAAAAAAAAAAUGUAGGUGUAGCACCACUCUUUCUGCCUGUGCCAUACAGUGUGCUUGUCUCGCCCGAAUGCCUUAUUUCCACGCCUAAUUUAUAUGCAAGCGGACCAAGGUGUUGGGCCCACAGAAACACCGCAGCGAAGCCUCACCGCAGUUGCAAGGAAUGGUUACUUAAAAAAGAGUGAACCCCAGCCGUAGCGGGUUUCGUCUUCGGCGCUUCUUACUUGGGAGAAGAAAAGAAAAUAGGUGGCGGUUAGUCAGGUGGCUUCUCGUCGUGGCGCGUGCGCUUCUCGAGAAGGUUUGAACAUACUAGAUGUUGUCUGGAGUGAUCUCAAAAGUGUGGCGGCGGUGUAGUGUCAUGGAGUGCAGAGUGUCGGACUUAUAAACACCUGUUGGGGUGGUCACAUACUCGAGUAAACUUUGUGAUAACUGGAGUUCCUUCGUGAGCGAUGGAUGUAUACUAGCGUCUUUUCGUGCGCGAGGUGCGAUGCCCUCACACCCUCUUUCCUGCGGCUCGCAAACCUUUUGAAUGAGGUGAAGUGUACCGCGUGUCUCCCCACCCCCUUCCCCCCUUUGUGCACCAUUCCGCACAAAUUUUUUUAAUAUUCCAGGCUUCCAGCGAAGGGUGAACUGUACCAUGGUCAGCGUAUGUGCGGUCUGUGUUACUGGAGAGCGUGCUUUUUGUAGUGUGGCCGUAACGUUUUUCAUGAAUACGAUCAAUAAAGGUAGAUAUGCUA